CGCAUGUGCAGAGGGGAACCUGCUCGGCCUACUCCCGCGGUUCAGCUCGCUCGCGUCCCCGGGGUCGAGGCGUUAUGGAAUCGGCCGUGGAGGAGCUGAUGCCCCGCCUCUUACCUGUGGAACCCUGUGACUUGGCGGAAGACUUCGACCCCUCUGUGCCACCGCGGACGCCCCAGGAGUACCUGAAACGGGUCCAGCUUGAAGCAGCACAAUGUCCAGAUGUUGUGGUGGCACACAUUGACCCAAAGAAGUUGAAAAGGAAGCAAACAGUGAAUGUUUCACUUUCAGGAUGCCAGCCUGCUCCUGAAGGAUACUCUCCAACACUUAAAUGGCAGCAGCAACAAGUAGCACAAUUUUCAACUAUUCGCCAGAGUGUGAACAAACAUAGAAAUCACUGGAAAUCACAACAUUUGGAUAGCAAUGUCACCAUGCCAAAAUCUGAAGAUGAAGAAGGCUGGAAAAAAUUUUGUCUUGGAGAAAGGUUAUAUGCUGAAAUGUCUGCUGCAGCAGCUACAGGUGAAAAUCCAGGAAUAGACUAUGUGCAGAUUGGGUUUCCUCCCUUGCUUAGUAUUGUUAGCAGGAUGAAUCAGGCAACAAUAACUAGUGUCCUAGAGUACCUGAUUAACUGGUUUGGAGAAAAAGACUUUACUCCUGAAUUGGGAAGAUGGCUCUAUGCUUUGUUAGCUUGCCUUGAAAAACCAUUAUUACCUGAAGCUCAUUCAUUAAUUAGGCAACUUGCAAGAAGAUGCUCUGAAGUGAGAUUCUUAGUGGAGAGUAAAGAAGAUGAGAGAGUACCUGCUUUGAAUUUAUUAAUCUGUUUGGUGAGCAGGUAUUUUGAUCAGCGUGACCUGGCUGAUGAACCAUCUUGAUACAAAAACAAUCUUCAAUAACAGAAUACUUGUGAUGUAAAAGAAACAAGCAACAUUACCUCUGUACAAGCCAGCUAGUCCCCAUGAAGACAGGUUUCAUCAAAAUUUCAGUGUUAUGUAAGAACCUUAAAUUUGAUCUCACUUACUGAAAUUGAUGUCCAUAGCAAGAUCAGUGUUGCAUUUUAAAAGACUAAAUUGGAUGAGCAGUGUGUCACACAAUUAUAGCAAUUAGUUUUGCUAAUGUCUCUUAAUUACAAACCUUUCAGAAGGAUUAAAAGUCAUUCAAUAAGUGAAAUGCCUUGUAUAAGAACCUUUUUUAAGUAAUAAACAUUUUUAUUAAGUUCUUAAAUAAUGAA